GAGUCACUACCGAGGGUGAAGUGAAUGGCGGCGUCGCGGCGUCGCGGCAACAAGAUCAGCGGGACUUCGAGUGCACCUCAGCCACCAACGACGGCAACGACGAGCGACGAGCGGGCACAAGGACAGCGAGCGAGCGACGACGACGACAACGACCUCGGCGAUCAAUCACUCACACUCGUGUCAAUCACUCUUUCUGUCUCUCUUCCUCACCAUCACAUCGCCAACACACACACCGCGACGCCAUGGGCUCGCCGGACGCCAACGCCCCGCCGCCGCUGGCCCUCCUCGACUCAUAUCCCUACCCCGCAGCAGUCGUUCGGAUACGGCGCGACGAGCCCGCCCACUCGUCGCCGCCCGAGACACCACUCGGCGGCCCAUCGCCAUCAUCGCCGCCGGCCCGCCCACGCCUAGUGUCCCCCGGCGCAGAGUUCAGCCUCGAGCGGCGCGCGCACGCGCUCACCAUCAACGUCCCGCCUCCGCACCCGCGCGCGGGCACCUCGGCGCCGCUGACGCCCGUGCCGACCGUCACUAGCGCGCGCGGCGGGCAUGCACUCGACGUCACCUGGGCCAAUGCGCAGUGGACCGCUGCUGGCGUCUCCCCGUUCGACCUGUCGCGCAUCGCUGCUUGGCUCCAGAGCGGGGACGACAAGCCGUUCCAGGUCUCGGCCCGCGGCGCGACGCUCCAGCUCGCCCGCUGCGCGGCAGGCGACGACGACACCUACGCGCUGCUCGGACAGCAGUUCGCGCCCGCGCCAAGCCCUAGACCAGCAGUCAACAUGGUGCGCGACCUCGCAUGGCCGCGCAUGGUGCCCCCCUUUGCGCCGGCCGCAGGGGACGCCCCGCCGCCCCUCCUCCGGAAAUCAUCCAACCCGCUCAACUGCCGCGAGCUGUUCGAGCAGGUCGACUGGUCGCGCACCAGCCUGGGCCCGCUGGACGAGUGGCCAGCUGGCGCGGUCACCGCCCUCGAGCUCAUGUUCAGCCACGAGAGCCAGAUUGUCCUCAAGCUCGGGACGGAGACGUCCGAGCUGUACUCGAUUUACAACGACGCGUUCUCGCCUAUCGGCUUCAGACACCCGUUCAUGAUCGGCCGGCAACACAAGGACCUGCCAUACGCGAUCCGAUCAGCAAUGGACGAGGACUGCGAUCGUGUGCUGGCCGGCGAGACGAUCCACGUCACGGACAAGCUGCUGCUAUAUGCGCACGACGACCGGGGGAGGCUGAUCGAGGAGUAUCUGAGCUGGGACAACAUGCCGCUCGAGGACCACGGGCGGGUGUUUGGCAUCUGGGGCGCGUUCACGAGCGUCACGUCCCGCGUGCUCGCGACGCGCCGGCGCAACACGGCGCGCGAGGUCAUGUCGGGCCUCGCGACGCUGCGCACCUCGGCCGAGUUCUUCUCCAGCCUGACGGCGCUGCUGGAGCACAAUGCGCACGAUGUGCCAUUCGCCAUCGCAUACAGCGUCAAGCCGACAAAACCACGCGGCGGGCGCCCGCGCGCACCGAGCGCAGACGUCGAGGUCGAGCUGAAUCUCCAGUCGACGCUCGGCGUACCUGCCCACCACGCGUCGACGCCGCAGAAGCUCGAGUACGUGCUCCCAAAGCACAAGGGCAAGUCGUUCCUCUCGCGGUUUGGCAGCUCUGCGCUCUCCGCCGAUCACCUGACGUCCGAGACGGCAUCGUCCGCCAUCUCGACGGGCGGGCCCGAUCUCGUGACGAGCUACGACACGGACGCGUGGCCGAUCCAGCUGGCACUGUCGACCGGCCGGUGUGUGGUUGUGGACGACUGCUCGGGCCUCAUCAAGGGAUACCCCGUCCGCGCGUGGGACGAGCUGCCAGACCGCGCGAUCGUCGUGCCCCUCGUCACGGCGUCCACGCCGACCGAGGACGACGUCGCCCCCGCCGUGAUCAUCAUCGGCGUUAACCUCCGCCGCCCAAUAGACGACGACUACCUCGACUGGCUGCACCAGUUCCGGCAGGGCCUGACGAUCCAGCUCGACUCGGUGCGCGUGCUCGAGGCCGAGACGGCGCGCAGAAUAGAGCGGGACAAGCUCGAGGCGGCGCGAACCAGCCUCAUCCAGGGCGCGGCGAACGCCUUCCGAACACCACUGACGCUCAUCUCGGCCCCGAUUGACGAGGUGGUCCAGACGACGCUGACUCCGUUGCAAACAAGCCGCUUGAAGUUGGCCCAGCGCCAUGUAGGGAGACUCGAGCAGCUCGUCGACUCGCUAUUGCAGUUUACUCGGCUCGAGUCUGGCCAGCUGGAGCCGCGCUUCGUCAGCGGCGACCUCGCGGCGUUUGUGCGCGACAUCGCCGACAUCUUCCGCCCGGUACUCAACUCGCGCGCGCUCGACCUCCAUGUCACAAUCGACGACGAGUCCGUGUCCAAAGUGGUGUUUGACCCGGGCCUCUUCGAGACGGUCAUCUCAAACUUUAUGAGCCAUGCGCUCCAGUCGACAACAACAGGGCCAGUUACUGUCCGCCUGUCAUCCGAACAAGUCGAAGGUGAUCAUUGGGCCGUCAUCAAUAUCGCGUAUGCCGGGACGCCAAUGCCCCGCGCGUACCUCGAGGUUCUGUCUCGCGGUUUCCAGGCGGUCGAUACUACAGGCGCUGGCACCGAGCUAGGCCUCGCACUCGCACGCGAGAUUGUGCGCCUGCAUGGAGGCGAGCUUGCGAUCGAGAGCGUCUACCCCCGCCGUCGGAUGGUGGUGCGGAGCGACGCGGAGAGCGAGCCCGUGUUCACCAAGCUCACGACGGCGUCGUUCCCAGGGUCGACGUUCACCGUGCGCUUCCCGACGUUCCACGAACACGAUGGCGAGGGAACCAUCACACUGGGCGGAUACAGUGACCGGUUGGCCAACGACGCGCUGCAGUGGUCGACCGGCAGCGCAGACGAAGAGUCAGCAAAUGGCUCAAUGUCUGGUGGCUGGACCGACGCGCUGCUGUUUGAGCGCACCGACAGGAUCCUCGUCGUCGAUAGCAACUCGGACAUUCGCGCCUACCUUCGCUCCCUGUUCAGCCCAUUCUGUCAGGUCUUUGAGGCCGAAGACGGCGCCCAGGCUCUAGAACUGGCUACGACAUGCAAGCCGAACCUCAUCCUGGCUGACCGCACCAUCCCCAAAAUCUCAGGCCAGGACCUCUUACUUGCCGUCCGCUCCGACGGGCGGACGCGCCUCAUCCCGUUCGUCUUCCUCGCUACCACCAACGAAGAGGAGGACCAGGCGACAGCGCUUGUCGCCGGCGCUGAGGACUACAUCCUCAAGCCGUUCAAGCCGCGCGAGCUGCUCGCCCGCGUCCACCUCCACAUGCAAAUGGGCAAGAAGCGGGCUGAGCUCGAGUUCAAGUUCAUGCAGCGCGAGAAGGAGUACCGCAUUCUGGCCGACUACUGUCCCAGCGGCAUUCUCCGGCUGGCCAACUACGAGGAGAUGCUGUACUGCAACGAGGCCUACUUGGGCCCCGCGGGUCUGUCCCACGCCGACCUGACUUCGGACGGCGAUUCAUGGCUCGCGCGCAUCGACCCAAGAGACCGCGAGCGUGCCCAGCGCGAAUGGAAGCAGAUCGCCGAGGGCAACCAGCCGACGACGGUCAUCAACUAUCGCUGGGCGACAGGCCGGUGCAUGUCGGCGGUCGUUGUGCGGCUUGACCUUGUGGAACCGGGCCUCACAGGCAUGCUGGCUUGCUUCUCGGACGUCACGGACUCGGAGGAGAGGUUGCACGAGGCGGAGCGUCGGCGAAUCGAGGCGGAAGAGUCGAAGCGGCAGCAGGAGCUGCUCGUUGACUUGACAUCGCACGAAAUCCGCACCCCAGUAUCGGCGAUUCUGCAGUGCUCGUCGCUAGUCAAGGAGAACCUCGCUUCUCUGAGGGACCAGCUCGCUCGUGUUGGACCAUCGGGCUUUGUCCCGCCUCCGACCCUCCUCGCCGAGCUCGCACAGGACCUGGAGGCGCUGGAGAGCAUUUACCAGUGUGGCCUGGUACAGGAGCGGAUUGCCGGCGACGUGCUCUCGCUCGCGCGCAUCCAGCUCGACAUGCUGUCGGUUCACGAGGUCGACGUCGACGUUGCCAAGCAAGCGCACAGGCUGUUGUCGGUGUUUGCGUCCGAGGCCAAGAUGAACCGCAUCUCCUUGUCGCUCGACUUUGGCGACAUGUUCAGGACCAUGGGUGUUCGUGCCGUCAAGACCGACCCUGUGCGGUUUGGCCAGGUCGUCACCAACCUCGUGACCAACGCCAUGAGGUUUACGUCGCGCGCGGCGGUACGCAACAUCACCGUGCGGUACGACCUUGCUUGGGAUCCUCCCGCUGGCGGAUCGUGUGCCCUUCCCACCUCGCCCUCGGCCACGGCACCACUCCACAAGGCCGUGCCGCCCGACAACACGCCAGUCUACCUCUACGUCAGUGUCAGUGACACUGGCCCAGGCAUGACCCCCGACGAGCAGAAGCUGCUCUUCCAGCGCUUCCAGCAGGGUAACAACCGGAUCCACACUCAGUACGGUGGCUCUGGUCUCGGCCUGUUCAUCUGCAGGAAACUCACACAACUACUCGCCGGCGACAUCUCUGUUGAGAGCAAGGUCGCGCACGGCACCACCUUCCGGUUCUACAUCAAGACACACACGGCCAACAUGUUACCGCUGCAGUCGCAGUCGCCGCUCCUCACGCCAAUCAAGGAGCGGGAUAUGCCGGAUCUCGCGCUGCUCCCGAGGCGCAUCCUCGUAGUCGAGGACAACAUCAUCAACCAGACCGUCCUGAAGCGGCAGAUGAUCAAGGCCGGGCUCGAAUGCGACGUCGCGAGCAACGGCCAAAAGGCGCUCGACCUGAUCGCGGCGUCUGAGAGCGCUGCGACGCCAUACGACGUUAUUCUCAUGGACGUCGAGAUGCCCGUCAUGGACGGGAUCACGGCAGUCGCGCGCCUGCGCUCGCUCGAGAAGGCGUCGAGCGUACCACGCCGCCUAGUGAUCGCGCUCACUGGCAACGCGCGUGGCGGGCAGAUCGACCAGGCGAUGGCGGCAGGCUUUGAUCGAGUGGUCAUCAAGCCAUACCGCCUCCCAGCUUUGCUCGAGACAAUCCAAGACACAAUGGCCAAGCACAAGGCAGGCCUCAACCAGCAAUCUUCAUAAUCCCUUUCUCGUUCCAUUACUUACUUGCAUAGUCAUCUUGGGUUUUUACAGUGUACAUUGAGCAACA